UUCUUCUUCUCCUUUGAGCUUGUCUUUCUUUUCCUUCUACCCACUCCUUAUCGAACCGACGAAGAAAAUAUGGCUGAAGGUACGCUCUUCAGUAUUGCGGGGAAAGUAAUUGAGAUACUAGGUGGCCUAGCUGCUCAGGAGGUUACACUAUGCUGGGGGGUCAAAGAUCAAUUAAUGAAGCUCGAGGACACACUUACCAGGAUUAAGGCUGUGAUUCUAGAUGCUGAGGAGAAGGCACAAAAACAGAACAAUCAAAUCAAAGUCUGGCUCAAGAAGCUGGGGAGAUUUGUAUAUGAUGCAGAGGAUUUGCUGGACAAUUUUACAACAGAAAUUCAGAAGAAACAGUUGAUGCCUGGUAAUAAAUUUUGGAGGGAGGUACGCGUUUUCUUCUCAGAGUCAAACCAAUGUGUGUAUGGUUUACGAAUGGGUCAUGAAGUUAAAACACUUUUGGAGAGGAUAGAUGCCAUCGAUGCUGACGUUAAACAACUUAAUCUUGAUAGUCUGGAUGACAAGACAGAUUUUUUGACUUCUUCCUGGAGGCAAACUACCUCCUCUGAACCUGAAGUAAUAGUUGGAAGAGAAGGUGACAAAUCGGCUGUUAAAAAAUUUCUGCUGAAUUCCAACUACGAAGAAAAUGUUUCUGUCGUCUCCAUAGUUGGAAUGAGUGGGUUCGGGAAGACCACACUUGCACAACAUUUUUUCAAUGAUGAGGAAGUUAAGGCGCACUUUGGUGAGAAACGUCUGUGGUUAAGUGUCUCAGGUGUCUUAGAAGUUGGAAAGAUUCUCAAAGGGGUUGUAAAAGAUUUCGAUCAGUUGGAGAAGAUUCUCAAAGGGGUUGUAGGUAAAGAUGUUCAGUUGGAGCGCCUGAAAAAUGAGUUCGAAAAGGAAAUUGGUAAAAAGAAGUAUCUUCUUGUAUUAGAUGAUGUGUGGGAUGCUAAGGAUGGUGGAGAUGGUGAAAAAUGGGAUAAUUUGAAGCAGUGGUUACCACGUGAUGCAGUAGGAAGUAAGAUAAUGGUAACUACACGUUCUCAUGUAAUUGCAAAUUUCACAAGCACAAUAGCUCCACGUGUUUUAGGUGGUCUAUCACCAGAUGAUUCAUGGGAUCUGUUUAGAAAGGCAUUUCGUCAAGACGAACAGUCGGGUCAUGUAGAUGACAAAAUUAGAAAAGAGAUUGUAGAGAGGUGUUGUGGAGUUCCUUUGGUAAUAAAGACAAUUGCGAGGUUGAUGUCUUUGAAAGAUAGAGCCCUGUGGAGUUCCUUUAUACGAAAUGAACUUCCAUAUAGGAUUAUAGAUGAAAACAUCGUACAGACCUUUAUGUUAAGCUACAAUGCUCUUCCAUCAUAUAUGAAGCCUUGUUUUGCAUACUGUAGCUUAUUCCCAAAAGGUCAUAGGAUUGAUGUGAAAUCAUUGUUUCAACUUUGGAUUGCACAAGGGUUCAUUAGGUCUUCAAAUUCGGUUGACUCUGGAGAAUCGGUUGCUCUUAUGUGCUUUGAGAGUUUAUUGUGGAGCUCCUUCUUUCAGGAUGUUGAAAAGGAUGAUUUAGGUAACAUAAAAAGUUGCAGGCUGCAUGAUUUUAUGCAUGAUCUUGCAGCCCAUGUCGCUGGUUUAGAGAGCACCAAUGUAGAAGAUUUUGGAGGAAAUAGAAUCAGUGAUUUGACUCGGCACGUGUCAUUCGUCAUGGAAUUGGAUUUGUUACAACAAAUUCGAAUUCUGUUGCCUUGUGCAAAACGUCUAAGAACACUUAUAUUGAAAGGUGGCAAAUGGGAUGAGAGGGCAUGGGAGUAUAUUUGUCGAAAGUUUGGGCAUUUACGUGUGCUUGUUUUGCAUAAAUUAGGAAUUGAGGAAGUGUCACCUCUCAUUGAAAAUCUCAAGCACCUUAAAUAUCUUGAUCUUUCAUAUAAUCAGAUGGAGGAACUUCCUAAUUCUAUCACCAAUCUGGUAAAUUUGCAAGUGCUCAAGCUCAAUGGGUGUGAGGAACUUAAGAGACUACCAAGAGAUAUGAGUAAGCUGAUUAAUCUGAGGCAUCUUGAUGUUGGUUGCUCUUUGGCUGAUGAUUUAUGUGGCUUGGAGUAUAUGCCUCGUGGGAUUGGGCAAUUAACUUCUCUACAGACGUUGUCAUGUUUUGUGGUUGCAAAAAAUAGUAGUCAUAAAUCUAAGAUGGUUGGUGGAUUGGAUGAGUUGAAUAGGUUAAAUGAGUUGAGAGGGAGCCUAGAAAUAAUUGUUGUUGAAUAUGAUAGCAAUUCCUGGAUAUCAGAAUGUAAAGGAGCUAAAUUGAUAGAUAAACAACAUCUUCAGUCGUUGACCAUAAGGUGGCGGGGCCCAGAGCGGGAUAGUAAUUCAGAUAUUAAUUUGAAUGAUGAAACGUUGCAAAACCUCCAGCCAAACUUGAAUCUUCAAGAGUUGAAAGUGGUAAGGUAUGGAGGUAUGAGGUUUCCAAGUUGGCUUUCACGUCUCUCAAAUCUUGUAGGGAUUCAUCUAGAAGACUGUCCAAGACUUGAGCAUAUCCCUCCCUUACAUGGAAUCCUUUCUCUUGAAGCAUUGUUUAUUGACGAUAUGAGAAGUUUGGAGUACAUAGAUAGUGAGGGGGUUGGAGGAAAAGGAGUGUCGACGUUUUUCCCAUCGUUAAAGAAACUUGAGCUCGGUUUUUGUGGUAGUCUGAAGGGAUGGUGGAAGAAGAGUAGUGAUGAGAUAAAUGAUGAUAGUGAUGAGAUAAUGCUCUGUUUUCCAAGUCUUUCUUCCUUAAAAAUAGGAUGGUGUCCAAAUCUGACUUCAAUGCCGUUGUUUCCAACUCUCGAUAUACUUGAUUUGCGGUGCACUAGUUCAAUGCCGUUGCAGCAGACAAUGAAGAUGACAGCACCAGUCUCUUCCUCUUCUUCUUCCUCUAUAGACACUUUUAUCCGUCCACUCUCCAAAUUGAAAGAACUACUUAUUUUUUCAGUUGAGGAUAUGGAAUCUCUUCCAGAAAUAGGGCUGCAAAAUCUCUCUUCUCUUCAACAGCUAGUAAUCAUUUUAUGCUCAAGAUUGAAGUCUCUGCCACUGCCUGAUGAGGGGAUGCCUUCUCUUCAGAUUUUAAAUAUCUGUGUAUGCAAAGAAUUAAAGAGUCUAUCUCAAUCUGAAUCUCAAGGGGUGAUACCCUACCUUUCCUCUUUGGAACAUUUAAGAAUCUCGUCCGUGACUGAAGAGUUGAGUGGAAGAAUAAGAGGAUGGGGAAAGGAGAGUGUGGAGGAGUGGCCUAUCAUUGAACACAUUCCAAAUAUUGUAAUUGAUGAAUACUACAUUCAAAAGGACGGUCGCUAUGUAAAGGAGGACGAAAUAACUUACUAGGAUGAUUAGAGCUUUUCACAAUAUUGCAAUUGACAACUACUACAUUCAAAUGGAUGGUUGCUAUGUAAAGGAGGAGGAGGAAAUAUUUGACGGUUAGAGCUUGUUCGCCGUGUGGCUAAUAUUCUUAAAUAUCAAGGGUGCAGUCCCAUAACAUUGAAGCAGAUAAGCCCAGCUUCAAAUUCCGUGAUGAAAAGUCAAAUUGCAUUCUCAACUCUGUGGAGAGUUACUGAUGUUAUUAAUCUUAAUUUCUUGUCAUGGAUAAAUCAGAGGCUGGAAUAGGCUGGAUCAGGGACAGGCUGGGUGUUCGUGUUAAUGGCCGCUUGAGAAUUUUUCAAAUGACAAGCAGUUAUUUUCUCUGGAAGGGUCUUGCAGGCCUGUGACAAACUUUUGAGGAAAUUUGUUCACACUUCAUACAUUGAAUGUAUAUUCCAUAUACAGAACCUAGUUGCAGGCCUGUGACAAACUUUAAGGAAAUUUUUUCACACUUCAUACAUUGAAUGUACAUUCCAUUUACAGAAUCAAAUUGCAGAGUUUCCCUGUAGGUUGAUCGUGUGUACUUUCUCUGGUUGAGGCUGCAAAGUAAUGCUUUAGUUCAGACUCAAUGGUAGAAUCAUCAGUGCACUCCCGUGUGGUAUGGAUCAAGCAUACAUCAGACAUCCACAUCAAACCAGUUCUCAUGGACAAAGAAAACCGACGGGGAGAGGAGACUCACUACUUGACUAUGAAUCUAAAUGAACCUGACUCAUGAGAACAUGCAGACAGUUAUCGAAAUUGGAGUAACUGAAGCUUAAUUUUCAGGCUGCUGAUGUGUUUGCUAGAUUUUCUUUACAGCUCGUGUGGAUAAAGUUAAAAAAGGCUGAUGAUAAUGUGCUAGAAUACAUAAUUCCUGUUUGUUUUCUGUUUUCCUUUCCAUGAUACAUAGCCAUGAAAAACAUGUACUUAAUUUGAGAAUUUUUUGUAUGAAUAACAUUUUUUAUAGACUGGUACAUAUAUAUUGAUGCUGAUAAUUCUGGACAAAUUACAGUCGAAUUUAUUUUUCCCUGAUGAUA